GUCCUCAUUCAACUGUAUUUACAGUCCACUGGCUCUGCAGACUCACACUCUCCAUACUCCCUAGAUACACACAGAGAGUAAUUUGUAAGGCUAGAAAAGAUGCCGUGUGUCAGCUCCUACACGGGCCAGAUGGGGAAGAUGCCUUGUAACCUCAGCUCUGUGCUAGAGACAGCCCUCAUGGUGGAGCAGAUUCUGUCGGAGUUCAGGUUGAAGAAGGAGCAGUUGAAGGAGGUGAUGAAGAGGAUGAUGAGGGAGAUGGACCGGGGACUGCGGGUAGAGACGCACCAGGAGUCCAGCGUCAAAAUGCUACCCACCUAUGUCUACUCCACUCCUGAGGGAUCAGAGGUGGGGGAUUUCCUGGCCCUGGACCUGGGGGGGACUAACUUCCGUGUGAUGUUGGUGAAGGUGGGGGAGGAUGAGGAGAGGGGGUGGAAGGUGGAGACCAAACACCAGAUGUACUCCAUCCCUGAAGACGCAAUGACAGGCACGGCUGAGAUGCUCUUUGACUACAUUGCAGAGUGUAUAUCGGACUUCCUGGACAGACACCACAUCAAACACAGGAAGCUUCCUCUGGGUUUCACCUUCUCCUUCCCCGUACGACAUGAGGACAUAGACAAGGGCAUCCUACUGAACUGGACCAAAGGGUUCAAGGCUUCUGGAGCCGAGGGUAACAACGUGGUGGGACUACUGAGAGAUGCCAUCAAGAGGAGAGGGGACUUUGAGAUGGACGUAGUUGCCAUGGUGAACGAUACAGUUGCUACCAUGAUAUCUUGCUACUAUGAGGACCGCAGCUGCGAAGUGGGAAUGAUUGUGGGUACUGGGUGUAACGCAUGCUACAUGGAGGAGAUGAGGACAGUGGAGCUGGUGGAGGGAGAAGAGGGGAGGAUGUGUGUGAACACAGAGUGGGGGGCCUUCGGUGCCAACGGAGAGCUAGAGGAAUUCAGACUGGAGUACGACAGGGUGGUGGAUGAGACAUCACUCAACCCUGGACAACAACUCUACGAGAAGUUGAUCAGUGGGAAGUACAUGGGAGAGCUGGUGAGGGUGGUAUUGUUGAAGCUGGUGAAUGAAGAGCUGCUGUUUAACGGGGAAGCCUCUGACCUGCUGAAGACUCGCGGCAGCUUUGAGACGCGCUAUGUCUCCCAGAUAGAGAGUGACUCUGGUGACAGGAAGCAGAUCUACAACAUCCUGUCCACGCUGGGCGUGUUGCCCUCGGAGAUGGACUGUGACAUAGUGCGUCUGGCGUGUGAGAGCGUGUCCACGCGGGCAGCACAUAUGUGUGGAGCGGGGUUAGCCGCCGUAAUCAAUCGCAUGAGAGAACGCCGCAGCCAGGAGGUGCUGAAGAUCACCGUGGGCGUUGACGGCUCCGUCUACAAACUCCACCCCUGUUUCCAAGACAGGUUCCACAAAGUUGUACGUGAGCUGACGCCUCACUGUGACAUCACCUUCAUCCAAUCAGAGGAAGGGAGUGGCCGGGGGGCAGCACUUAUCUCUGCAGUAGCCUGUAAGAUGGCAGCGUGCAUGCUGACACAGUGAGAGGGUCGUAACAGCCUCCCACCUAUAGGGGGUGAUACAGGUGAACCAGGCUGAACUGAACCCCCACAGUAAAUGACUCUGGAGAAUCUCAAUUGGUUUUGCUCAACUCGCAUCCUCUCCUCCAUCCUCACCUCGCCUCCUUUUGAAAAAGGUCAACGGUAAUCGAGGAGAGGAAGGGAGGAAACAUGGAAACAAAUGACGUUUACAGAGGCGUAAAGUAGUAAAAACUAAUGUAGCUAGUUGUGCUAGACAUUUUAUAGAUAAAACUACAAGUAUUGUUUUGAAAUAUGUGCAUGCUUUCUCCUCCAAGUGAACAACAGCUGAAUCAAAGGGGGCAGAUUUCAAAACUCUGCCGCGGAGGAUGCGCUUCAGUAUCCUUCGCGAGAGGAAGCUAUAGAAGUGAGGAGGACACUCCUCUGUUCGCCUACAAACAAAUUAACUCUCUCCUUGACCACUUAUCGGUUUCCAGGUCGCACAGGAGAGGAGGACAGAAGAGUCGAGGAGAGGAUGGACUGUUGUCCAAUUAAGAACCCCCUCCCAUCUAAUGUCACCCAACCCUUUUUUCGAGGCCCUCACAGAGUAAAGCAUCCCUCCUCACUGGUGAGAGAGGGAAUAUAUGUGUGGAGAA